AUGAACGUUGGGGCAGCAAAAGGCAAGAUUCUCACCAAUCUCAUCGCAAAGCUCAGACCUCAAGUCAUGAUUGAGCUCGGCGGAUACGUGGGCGACUCAGCCAUUCUGUUCGGAGAUUCCGUGCCUCGAGCCGGAGGCGAACGCUACUAUAGUUUAGAAAUGAACCCUGAAUUUGCCGCCAUCGUAAACACCCUUAUUGAUCUGGCAGGGUUGCGCGAUUUCGUCCGCAUUCUUGUCGGACGAAUCGCCGAUAACGUUAUUUAUCCUGGAAAUCCACCGUAUCUAGAAUAUGUCCGCAGUACGGUUGAACAAAAAUGUGAGAUCACCAAAAGCGGUCCUGCUCACUGCUACAACACUGAGGGCUUCGCAGAGCGGACGGUACAAGCCUACAUAGGCAAAGAUGCGACACCGCUGUUUGACAUUAUCGGAAAUCCAAAUUUGGUGUAUAGUAGCACUCUGCAGUAA